GUAUUUCAUGGAGAGAUCCCUUCACGCCACAUGCUGUCUGUGAGUGCCAGCCUCCCAGCUCCCUGCAGUGCCAUCUGAGACCCCGCGAGCUGGAUGCAGCAAUGGGGGACUCUCCGACGGAUGCCGUGGAUGGAGGCACAGACACGUGCUGCAAGGACACGCAGACUGAACUGGCGGAGCGAGUAGCAGCCAUCGAUGUGGCUGUUGGCCCAGACAGAAGUGACCAAAACGGUGAAGACAACGCUGAAGAAAAUGACGCCGUCUUUUCUGAUAAUGCAAAAGAUAUCCAAAGAAACGGAGUCAGCAGUGACGUGGGAAUGAAUGAAUUUCUGCCUUCCCAACAGUCAGAAGAUGCUCACUGGAGGCAUGGUCCCAAGAGACCUCUUGCUAGACCAGUCCUGUCAAAUAGGAAGUUGUCUCUUCAGGAAAGAUCGUCGGGAGGUUAUUUGGCUUCUAGCAACACUCCAGGUUAUGGUCCUUAUGCCACAGGGCCAUCGCCGCGUAUAAUGAGGAGACCAACGAUAGAGUCAAAUCGGGUCUCCAUAUCGGACUCAGAGGACUGUGUGCAAUUAAACCAGUACAAGCUGCAGAGCGAAAUAGGCAAGGGUUCUUACGGCGUUGUGAAGCUGGCCUACAACGAGAACGACGACAAGUAUUAC